AUGUGGGGAAGGACUUCUGCGCAUGUCACGGAGGGAGGGGAGGAGAGGGGAAACGAGGAAGCGCUUCCGGUUACAGUUGCUAAGGCGGCUGCCGGGGCGGCGGUGGCCCUCCCCACCCCCCGCCCGGGGAGCAACAUGUCGGGGCUCAACAAGAUGGAGCUGGAGGGCUGUCGUGACCUGCUAGGCCUAAUGGAAACUUCCGAAAUCUUCGCGCUGUGCGACACCAUCACCAACCGCCUCGUUCAGCCCCAGGACCGCCAAGAUGCCAUUCGUGCAGUAUUAGCUUAUAGUCAAAGUGCUGAAGAACUUCUGAAGAGAAAAAAAGUAUACAGAGAAAUCAUAUUUAAGUAUCUAGCAAUGAAAGGAGUUAUUGUGCCUCCAUGUUCUGAAAAGCACAGUCUUAUUCAAUAUGCAAAAAAUCACUGGAACAAACCAGAGUUGAAGGUGGUGGAGGAGACAGUGGAGAGCGUUCCAGAUACAGAAGACACCAUACUAUUUGAACAAGUUAAGGAAAAAAGAGAGAAAAAACAUGAACAAUUUGAGGAUUGUUACAAGUUAGGAGAAGAAUUCUGCCAGUGGUUCUUUGAGCUUCUCAACUCUCAGAAUCCUUUCUUUGGACCACCCCUAGAAAAAUGGGGACCACAGCACUUCUGGGAUGAUGUCAAGCUAAAAUUUUGUUAUAACACAUCAGAACAAAAUGUGAUAGACUAUCAUGGUUCAGAACUGGUGAGCCUUCGUUUACUAUCUCUGGUAAAAGAAGAGUUUCUGUUUCUUAAUCCCAACCUAGAUUGCAGUGGACUGAAGUGUGUAUCUUCUCCACAUGGAUUAGUUAUAGUUGCAGUUGCUGGCACUGUCCACCGAGGCAAUGUGUGUUUAGGCAUCUUUGAACAAGUAUUUGGACUCAUCCGUAGUCCUUUUCUAGUAGACACUUGGAAAAUAAAAUUUAUCAAUCUGAGGAUUGCUGGAGAGAAUUCCCUUGAACCUGGAGUGACAUUGGAGAAACCUUCAAUUACACUGGAAUCCAGUGAAUUAGAAUCCUUAUAUAAUGGAAGUGGAACAUGUAGUAGAACUGAAGCAUUAGUUACCGAAAACCGUGUUUUGUGUGGUGGAAGUGGAAACCAGGCACUGUGUCAUGAAAAUGAGGCAUCACUUAACAUGUAUGAACAGGAAUUACCUAAUCCUCCAAAACACUGAGCACUGUAUGUCAAAUUAAAAAACGUUUUUAUUCAGAACCUCUUCAGCUUAUGCUGUACCAGUAUUGCUCAGAUGAUUUCAGGCUUGCAGGGUUGGCUUGUUUCAGUUUAGAUACUUUUGUUGACUACAAAUAAAAUUUUACAUCAAUGCUUA